CACUUACCCAGCCAUAGUUAAGUCACAUCGACUAAGUACGGCGCGCAACAUCGUAUUAUACUCAUUGUGACUUACUUCUACAUCGUGUACGUGGCUAAAGAAAAAGACUUUAAUAUUUUAGAUUAAAAUUGACUGACAUUUUUUAUAUAACACAAGUGUUUUAAUUCUGUGCCUUACAAGGAGUUUAUUUGGUGAAAUAUGUUCUAGAAGCCACAUUUUCUCUUUGGAGUAAGUUCUUCGUGAUAUUCAAGACAAGUCGACGAAAUAGAAUGAGGAGACCUCCUGGACUGUGGAUUCUUUUAUCAGCAGGAGUACUAUGGCUAAGUCUGCAAGACGUAUAUGGGAUUCGAGCGACGGCACUGAUAUUUGGUAAAUCAUCCACCUCUACCACAACAGAAGCUGUGACCACCGCUUCCACCGAAGAAACUAUCAAAUCAGAGGGUUCAAAUACUACUGAGGUGCAAACAAAGAGCAACAGUACAGACGGUACGAACAGUACGAGCCCAAUUCUCACAGGAAAUCCUCAAAUAGACUACAUUUGGGAUCCUAAUUUGCCCAAAGAAUUAAAUGGUUAUAAUUUGUCGGAGUAUCCCUUCUAUGAAAGGGUACCCGAAGUAUUAGACUUUAAGUGUGAUGGGUUGCAUGAUGGGUUCUACGCGAGUGUGCUUCAUAAAUGUCAAGUUUACCAUCACUGCUUAUUUGGUACGAGAUUCGACUUCCUAUGCGCCAACUAUACUGCCUUUGAUCAAAAAACAUUUAUUUGUCAAUUCGUCUCAGAAGUAGACUGCGUAAAUUCAAAGAAAUUCUGGCAUAGAAAUGAUGCUCUCUACCAAGCUCAAUCUACCACUACUAGUGCUCCUGUAAAUUUAAAAGCAGCCAUUUACACCACUGCCCCACCCAAUGGUGGCGAUCCAAUCACUCCACAAGGCAGACCUACCAGAAGACCCGGAGGAGGAUUUCGUCGUCGUCCUGGAGGUAGAAGAAGACCACCAGUGGAGUAUUAUGACGAUGAUUAUUAUGAUGACGAAUACUAUGACGAGAGACCUCGAGCUAGGCCCAGACCCCGACCCAGGCCUGUAUAUGACGAUGAUUAUGAUGAAUAUGAAGAUCAAAGGUACGAAGCUAGAAGAGGAAAUGGAAGAAAGCGUCCGUACAAGAGAAGGAACCAAGAGCGGCGCAAACCUCAAAACGAUGAUAAUGAAGAGGUAGAUGACCGAUUUGAGGAUGAAGAUUUUGUAGCAGCUCCUAAACGUUCAAAAACGAACGAUCGCCGCAAACGUCCGAUUGCUGAUUCUGACGAAGAAGAAGAAGAUACUCGAAGUCGUAAGCGAGGUAAUGAUAGAAACCCCAGCAGAAAAAAGUCGGGUAAUCGGCAACCUGUUGAGGAAUAUGAAGAAGAUGAUAUACCUGAGCCAGAGGAUAGCCGCAACAAUGAACAAAGGCCAAGAAAAAGACCUAAAGAAAAUAAAGAGGAUAAUGCUAACAGUAAUGAUGGCAGACCAAUUAUAAAGCCAAGCACUGGCACCAUUUAUGAUCGACCCAGAGUGGCGCCCAAGAUCAAUUUACCUGUGCCAAAGAAUGCAGCCGAUAAAUACGCUUAUAAAGGAGUUAAUAACGGUGGCACUAGUAGAACUACUACCACUGAAACUCCGUUGGAAGAAGAAGAAUAUGCUGAGGAAGAAAUCGAGCCUGCACGCCCAAGUAAAGGGCGAAGAAAACCAGCAAGCGGCUCUCGACAAGAAAAUAAUGAAUCCAAAUCUCAACCAAGUGAUUCUCGACCAAGAAAGCGCAAACCUGAUAGCGAAGAAACUAUUGAUAAAACGACGUCUAGGCCAAAGCAUGCCGUACUGAGAAACAACUUUAGACCUUCUUCUGCCUUGAAGAAAAAACCCCCAGUCAGUCAGGAAUAUGAGGACGAAGAGUAUCUGGACGAAGAAAAAGAGGUAGCAGAACAAAGUGUGUCGGAAAAUACGAAAAAAGCUAGUUCAACUACAACUUCAACUAGCACUACAACCAGCCCACCGCAGCCACCAAGGAGGGAACCAUCAAUGAGAGUAAUAAAACGUCCAUUUCUCCCAAGUCGCGGAGGAAGCCCAUAUAGUUCCAGAGGGUUACAGCCUGUUGGGCUUAAAGCCGUAGAUAAAUCAAUUCCUGAAAACGAUUCUCAGGAAUCGAGAAACGGCGAACAAAUAGAUUCAAGCAAAGAGGUUGAAGAGGAUUAUCUUGAAGAGGAACCGGAGACAGAUGUUUCUAAUACCGAAGAACUUCAAAAUGUCAGGAAGCCAGCAUUUAAACCAUCUCCGGUUUUAGUUAAAUCACCAACGCGUCCCCAAUAUACCGCACCAUCUGCUGAAGCCCAGGAAUUAAUCGAAUCUGAACCUUCAAGGCAGCAGUCCUAUAAAACGAAGGAAUUUGUAGGUCCUCGAACGACCCAACGCCCUAAAAUCGCAGACAAAAAUCCCUUAGAUUUGAAUGAAUAUGAUGUAACGUUGAACGACGCUCUAAACCCAACCCUUCCGAACCUACCAGUACGAGCCUUUCCGACAGGAUUUAGUUCAGGGAAUGAUUACGGAUACACAAACGCAUACUCUAGGCCAAGAUAUGUUUUGGAGCCUAUAAUCAGUCCGUCAACUCAGAAUUUUGUUUCACCAAACAAAAGAUCGCAGCAAAGGUACGAGGCAGUUCCUCAAACGCAGUACACCACCGUAACUAGAGGAUACAGACAACAGCAGCCACAACAUGCACAAACUCAAGCGAUCUACUCUGGUUACUGAAGAAUACUCUAAUGAAUACGCCAUAUUUUUAAAUACUGUUAGUCUAAUUUUAUAAUUUAAUUUUGUGUGUUAGAUUCUCAUGGUUGUGUAUCGAUAUUUGUAAAUUUAUUGAAUAAAAUAAUAUCCAAAAUUG